CAUCUAUGAUGAGGAUGGUCAACACCAAAGUAUAUGCAUCAUAUAUAUCAUAUAUGUACAUAAAAUUUCAUGAUUUUGACAGAUAUGGAGGAAAAGGUAACAAUGACCCUGAAAAUCAUAGACGCUGGAGGAGACUCUUUUGCUCAAAGAGCUGAAAUGUACUACAGAAAAAGGCCAGAACUAACCAACUUUGUCGAAGAAUUAUUUCGAGCUUAUCGAGCCUUGGCAGAGAGAUAUGACCAUCUUUCCCAAGACCUCCAAAGCGCCAACCGAACCAUUGCCACGGUCUACCCUGAACAAGCUCAUGAGUUGGCUAUGGAUGUUGAUGGGGAAGAAAAGGCUUCUCAAACUUCAACUUCUUCAAACACUGACCAAUACGAGCGAAGCAUCCCCAGAGUUCCAAAAAUACCGAAGUCGAAGGACUUCAGGAGGUCAUCUAUGGCAAUUUCAAGAAAAACGUCUCAGCUUGGAAGGAUUUCUAGCUUAGUAAAAGUGGUACCGAGUUCAGGGCUAACGAGAAUAGAGGCUUUGGAGGAAAUUGAUAUUCUCCAAAAGGGUAUUCUGGGGUUCCAAACAGAAAAGGAGUUUGUAAAGAGUAUGUAUGAACACGGCUAUCAGAAGUUUUGGGAGAUUGAGAAUCAGAUAACCGAAAUGCAGAAAAGGGUUAGUACUUUACAAGAUGAGUUUGAUAUUCAAACUGUUAUUGAGGACGACGAAGCUCGGUCUAUAAUGGCAGCCACGGCUCUGAAAUCGUGUCAAGAGACUUUGGUUAAGCUGCAAGAGAAGAAGGAACAGUCGACAGAAGAGGCUAUAGUUGAGCAGAAAAAGAUGAAAGAUGCUCAUGAGAAGUUUUCUAGGAUAAGAGCAAAGUUUAUUGACAAACAAACUGGGGACAGGAAAGUAGAGUCCAAAGAGGAAGAUAUAGAUGAAGAGAUUGUUGGGAUGGGAACAGAUGAAAGGGAUGUGAAGAUAUUGAGGGAAAUGAUUAAGAAAAGGCUUGAUAUGGAUUCAAAGUCUACUCUUACUGUGACUGAACUAGCUGAGAAGAUUGAUGAGCUUGUCAACAAGGUUGCUAGCCUCAAAACUGAGGUUUCUUCACAAACUGCUUUGGUAAAGAGGUUAGGUUCAGAAACUGAUCAGCUUCAGGCACAUGUACGAAGCUUAGAAAAUGACCAUGAGAGCUUGAAGGAAGGAUCCAAUAAUAUGGUAAAGAGGCUGAGAGAGUUGGAGGAAGAACUGCAUAGGAUAAAAGAGUUGAACAGAAGUCUAAAAGUCCAAAACAACAAUCUCCAAACUUAUUUUACCGAAGCUAGUUGUAAUAUUGAUCAUCUUUCAGAAAAGUUGCAGAGUGUGAGGCAGGACAAGGAGGAUAAUGAGAGUAAACCAGGAAAAAGCAUUGAAGAAAUGAAGGAAGAAGUGGAGGAAGAAAAGGAAAAUGAUACUUCACUUCUUGGAAACUUGGCAGAAAGUCGAACCAAUCCAGGCAAUAAUUCUGGCAUUGUGAGUGUUGAAGUAGAGGAACAAAAGCAGGAGGUGGGAGAAGAGAAGAAAGAGUUGCUUGAUGAGCCAAGUGAGAUAUUGAAAGUAGAGAAGGAAAGUGAUGAUGCCGGUGGUGGCGCUAGAUCAAAUUGGAGGUUGCUGUUCUUGAAAGGUUUAGAGGACAGAGAAAAUAUUCUACUGCAGGAGUAUACCUCAGUUCUUCAAGAUUAUAAGGAAGUGAAGAAGAAGCUGAAUGAAAUGGAGAGCAAAAACCGGGAGAGCAUAUUUGAUUUGGCAAUACAGAUAAGAGAACUAAAGAAUGAUGUAGCCUCUAAAGAUGAUGAGAUCAAGAGCUUAAAACAUAAGUUUGACUACCCACCACAGACGAAUCCUGAUGAAAGUCCAUUUACUUACUCCACAGAUGCUUCAGGUGAGAGCUCAAAUCAAACACCAUCUCUAAAUUUGGACUUAGAAUCAGUUUCUAGUGAGCUUGGGGUCCAAAAUGUUAAAACCUUGGAGAAACUCAUGGCAUCAACAGAAGACUUGAAAAACCCUAAUGAAAACGAGGUGGUGGAAGAGAUAGUCGAGAAGAAUCGGGCUCCUAUACCCCAUUCUGUUUCGUCUAUAGAAGAAAAGUUCCGAUCAGACAUUGAUGGACUGCUUGAGGAGAACCUCGAGUUCUGGUUGAGGUUUAGCACUUCGGUUCAUCAGAUACAGAAGUUUGAGACUUCAAUAGAGGAUUUACAAUUGGAUUUAUCAAAAUUGAAGGAGAACCAUAACAGGAAGCCAGAUGGCAUAAUAGGCUCUAAACAACACUUUAUACAAUCAAAUGCUAGGCCGAUAUACAGGCACUUGAGGGAAAUCCAAACUGAGAUGUCACUCUGGUUAGAACACAACGCUGUUCUGCAAGAAGAAUUGCAGGGCAGGUUUUCAUCCUUGUGCAACAUCCAAGAUGAGAUAUCGAGGGUCUCUUGUGUUGGUUCUGAAGUUGAAAAGACCAAGCUGAACAGAUACCAGGCUGCAAAGUUACAAGGAGAAGUUCUCAACAUGAAGCAGGAGAACAACAAGGUUGCAGACGAACUGAACGUGGGCCUUAAUCGUGUGAUGGGGUUCAAAGUUAAAGUGGAGAAGACUCUGGUGAAACUCAAUGAAGAGCUUGGAAUUUCUGCUGCAAAGAAUGACCACUGCAGCACCACCAAACAUCCAGCUAAUAGGCCAAGGAUUCCUUUGAGGUCUUUCUUGUUUGGUGUAAAGUUGAAGAGGCAAAAGGCAUCAAUCUUCUCGUGUGUGAGUCCUGCACUUCAAAAACAAUAUAGUGAUCAAGCAACAGCUGGACCACCCCCAAUCUAAAUCACUUCUAUCAUUUUCUUUCUAUUUAUUCUUUGUUAGUAGUAGAUUCUAAUGCAAAUAGGAUAUGCAGAAAGGUCAUGUGUUCUUUCACUUGAUCAAUAGGGGGAUUAUUCUUCAGUUCAUGUAACAUUCAUUCAGUACCUUGUCUCUAUUUUCAAUUUCACAAUACACGAUAUUGUCAUAUCUUA